GCCCCAGGAGGAGGUCCAGCACAGAGGGAGGAAGGACAGCAGAGCUCACACCUCAGACAGCAGUGCUUGUGGGCCUUUCUGGAGCGGAAACUCUUCUCUCACAGGGAGGGACACAGCAGGCAGCAGGCACCAUGGAGCCCCCCUCAGCCCCCGCCCACGGAGGGCGCAUCUCCUGGCACAGGCUUCUGUUGGCAGUCUCACUCCUAAGCUUGUGGAACCUGCCCGCCACUGCCCAGAUCACUAUUGAAUCAGUGCCCUUCAAAACUGCAGAAGGAAGGGAUGUUCUUCUACUUGCCCACAAUGCGACAGAGGAUACUCUAGGCUACAGCUGGUACAGAGGAGAUACAGCAGAGAAAAACCAACUAAUUAUAUUAUAUAGAGUAGACAAUCAAGCAAAUAUCACAGGGCCUGCAUACAGUGGUCGAGAGAUAAUCUACCCCAAUGGAUCCCUGCUGUUCCAGAAUGCCACCCAGAAUGACACAGGAUACUACACUCUGACGGUUACAAAGAAUGAUUUACAGACAGAAAUUGUAACUGGACUACUCCGUGUAUACCCACCAGUGUCAAAGCCCAUCAUCGAAGCCAACAGCACCACCGUCACAGAACAAAAGGACACCGUGGUCCUGACCUGCAUCAUAAAUGACACUGAGAUCUCCAUACGCUGGCUCUUCAAUGGCCAGAGUCUACUGCUCGCAGAGAGGAUAAAGCUGUCCCAAGACAGCAGCACCCUCACCAUAGAGCCUGUCAGCAGGGAGGAUGCUGGGAAUUAUCAGUGUGAGGCCUCCAACCCAGGAAAUUCCAGCCUAAGUGACCCUCUCAGGCUGGAUGUGAAAUUUGAUUCAAUACCAGGAAGUACUUCUGGCAUCUCAGAUGGUGGUAUUGCUGGCAUUGUGAUUGGAGCCAUGGCUGGGGUAGCUCUCAUAGGAGGCCUGGUGUAAUUUCUGUGUAUCAGAUAGACUGAAGGGUCACAGCCAUGUCAACAACUCACCUAACAAGAUCGAUGAAGUUACAUAUUCUUCCCUGAACUUCAAUGCCCAGGAAUCAAAGAAACACAGUUCGGCCUCCCCACCACCCCCAACAGCCACAGAAAUGAUUCAUUCAGAAGUUAAAAAAAAAAAGAGAAAUGCAACCAGUCCUGCUCGCUGCACUGCUGACUUAUUCCAAGCUUCUCAGCUCCAUCCCCAGGAGACCCCUUUCCCCUCAGGGAAAAUGGGAAGAGGGUCUUUCCCCCUCUUCAUUCCCCAGUGAGGCUCGACCAGGCUGCCUGGUCACAGCCUCCUCCUUCGGUGUCAGUAGAUGAAAAGGCACAUGUAGGAGGAGGUCUGCAGGAAACCCAACCAUCCUUGUCAGUGACAUGUGGCAAAGCAGACCUUGGGAGAGAGGUGCCAGGGCCUCUGCCCCUCCCCAUUUCCUGACCUAACCUGGUUUUAAACUUGCCUAUUCAGAACACACUCAUUCUUUCCCACCACAGCCCUAUCCUACUGGAGUCUAACUUGAAUGUGACAUAACUUACAGAGUUAUGUCCUUAUGCACUGAAACACAUGUGCCAGAAAAGGAGAGAAAAAGGAAAAAGAAAACAUCCAAACUCCAGUAUGAAUCCAACAUCACAGGAAAAUACAUAUAAAACUAACUUAGGACUGCAAAUUCUACAACUUUGUCCACUAUCAGUGUUGUCUACCCAGAGGACCAGGGCCUAAACACCUUGCUGCUUACUUAGAAUACAAUCUAUGUUCUUUGGAAAGCAUGUUUCCAGAGAACCUACUAGAAGCAACCAGAAAACUAAGUCAAGAUCCAUAAGUGAUUCCUAAUGAAAAAUUUAAAAACUGCAGGUAUGUUUUAGUAACUUUAAGGGCUUUAUUCCAGGAAAUACCCAUAGAGGGAGAGGUUAUCAUCACUUUAUGGGGCAGUCAGACCUUAACAGAGAUAAUCUGCUAGGAUUUGGGAAUGAAUAAGAAAGCUAUUCUUCAGAAAUUAUUUAAAUAUUUUUUAAAGAAUGAACAAUUUGGGGUAUUGGGUUUUUUCCCUUCUUCUGAGACAUUCUGCUAUUUUACUUUUUGUAACUGCUUGUUUAUGUGAAAGGGGUUAUGUUUACUUAGUUACCUGUGUAAGCCAAUCUGACUACACUAGGUGAAAGAAGCCACCCACUCCCCAAGUCCUUCUGGCCAGGAGCCCCUCAAGCCUUUUAUGUCAGGGGCUCCACUCAGAAAAUAGGAAGCAGCUGUUCUCUACAUUCCUGGCCAGAAAUGGAUCUCACUCAGUUUCUAGGCAUCAGACCAAUCAUCAGCACCACCAUGAUCCAUGUCCCCGCCUGUGCACUUCCAUCCGUCUGCCCCACUCACCUUCUCAGGAAACCUUGGCCUCUGCUAAGCUGUGUUUGGUUCUUGAGAAGUGGGAGCGCCCUGAAGGAAACUACCACACAUGCUGUUGGUGCUAUUUGCAACCUAGAAAGCUGCACUGGUGCUGAUGCUCCUUAGGACCCAAGGGGAGGGAUGUAACUCAGCCCUAGGCUUCUUGAAUAACCUCUGCAAUCUGUUUUCUGCCCUGGCGCCUAUGAGACCCAGUGUGUCAGCAGAAAAGGAAGGGAGGGAGAAAGAGAGGCAUGUCCUCCUGCAGCCCAGCCUUCUGCACAGAUGGAAGCGCCUCAGGGCUGUUGAGAGAAAGGUUUUAUUCCACAUCCAUGACCUGACCUCAUGCUGUGUGGAACUGACCCCCUCAAAGAGGGCUGGACGGCAGGUCUCUGUACUCAGGUACCUCUUUCAGGGUUUUCUAACCCUGACACAAACUGUAUGCACCUUCUCUCAUCCACGCUGUUCUGUGUAAUUUAACUUUGCCUGGCUAAGUCUGCUUCUGAAUUAUUUGUAAAAUUUGCUCUAUAUUUAUAAUAAAAAUUAUAUAUCAGA